AUGUCUCUGUUUAAAAGAGGCAAGAAGAAAGCUGGCGAGUCGUCCAAUGCUGCGAAUCCCCCGCUCUCACCCGACACUGAAGACAAGCCGUCACUGGAUCCGCCGUCGCCGUCAGCUGUUGCGGAAACAGACGGCGGCCGGUACGACGCGUCCAGUGACGGCACGAGUGAAACGGCCGGCGGCGAGGGAUCGAAGCUGCGGAGGAGGCGGGGGAAAGGGGAAGGCGGAGCUGAGGCGGGAGGGCCAGCGACGGAAGCGGACUCCCCGCGGGAGAAUCGCGAAACUGCGGAACGCGGAGCAGUGAAUAGCGCUGCGAGCGCGGUGAGUGACGACACUGGAUCUGGGGAGGAUUCGCGGCCGGCGGCCGCGGCGGCCGAGGGAGAAGAUGCAGGCGAUGAGGGGGGCAAUGCAAGCGAAUGCGAAGACGCGGAAGCGGCGGAAACUGCUGCGGAGGGAGCGGAGGACGAGCAGAGUGGCGGGGAGGUGGCUGGGGAACGGCGAGAACAAGUAGCGAAAGAGGAAGUUGUAGCAGCAGCAGAAGCAGCAGGAACAGCAGUGGAGGCGAAUACAGCAGCAGUGAGUGCUUGCAGGUCGUCCGAUGAGCCAGGAGCGCAAGGCACGCCUGACGCGCAAGGCAAGGAGACUGCUGCUGAAUCCCCAACCAAGAGGGUGCAGGCCCCCACAGGGCCGCAGACGAAGCCGCGUCAGCAGCCACUGGGGGUGCUCGUCUUCUGGCUCGUUUUCAUCACCCUCACGGGGCUUAUAGCGGGGAUAUUUCUUCUGGCGCAGUUUCUGUUCCUGCAGGACGCGGGGCGGCGCGACUUCAUCUCCAUCCCGCCGCUCGUGCGCGCCCACCUGGACCGCGGCCAGACCAUCAAAGUUGCCGCGCCCGGCGCCGUGGCUGGCGGAGCGGGUGGGCGCGGGCAGCAGGGGGAAGUAGAGGUGUUUGUGCGCGCGGAGGGGUGGGGGACAGGUCGGGGGAGGAAAUGGGGCGCGGACGGCGGAGGUGGGGGGAGCGGUGGGGGGCAGGCAGGGGAGGGGCGGAGUAAGGAGGUGGUGGUGCUGCUGCAUGGGCUGGGCGGCAGCUCGUUCCUGUACCGUGACGUCUUCACUCUCCUCGCUGACAGGGGGCUCAGAGCACUCGCCCUUGACCUCCCGGGUUCAGGGCUAUCCACCAAAAUAACCUCAGAAGAAGAGGGUGCAGCAGCAGUUUACCCCGUGCACCAGCUCGCGCGGAUCCUAGACAGGGUGCUAGAGGCCCUUGGGAUUGCCGAGCCGGUGCACCUGGUGCUGCAUGACACGGGCGGCGUGGUCGGCACGCUGUGGGCGGCGGAUAACGUGCAACGAGUGAGAAGCAUAACUCUCAUCGACACUCCAAUGGAGGACCCCUUUGCUCCCGCCUUCCCCCCCGCCUGGCUCCUCCGCUACCCCCACCUCACUGCCCUCGCUGCCCGCUCUGUCUUCCCUGUUGCUGCCCUCCUUGCCUCGUGCUGCGUCAGCGCUCGCGUGGCCGAUGACGUGGCGCGGGCCCACGCGUACCUGCUGCAGGCGCAUGGGGGCAUCCAUGCUGCCAUGCUGGCGCGCCAGCAUGGCAAUCUAACGCAUGACAUGGCGCGGACGGUGCAGCGGCAUGCAGAGAGGGCGCUGGGCCGGGUGCCGAGGCAGCUGCUUUGGUCCGGCGAGGCGGAGGAGCAGGGCGAGGAGGUUCGGUCGCACUGGCCUCUGGCAGACUUCCACCUGCACGACGGCAAGCGCUGGCCCCAGCUCACCUUCCUUCACUCUCCGUCCAUCCUCCCCAAGCAGGAGGACCAUCCAGGGGACAUAGCCGAGGCGAUUGCUAGGUUUGUAGCUGCCCAGCCUCCACUGCCUGCCUCAUCGGGUACUAGAAGGGGUGGUGGGAAGGAGCACAGAGGCACGCCCACUGCUGCUGCUGCUGCUGGAAAAGCCAAAGGGGGGAGCGGACACCACCACCACCAUGCGCUAAUCGUUUCCCCCAAGUCCGCGCCCCCCCCGUUGACCGACAAGUGGCGCGCGGCAUUCUCGAAGGCAACGCAGCGAUUGGUGGAGGUAGACGCGCGCGGGCAGCGGCAGGUGGUGCAGGCGGAGACGCAGAAGCAGCUCGCGGAAGACCGCGCGCGCGGGCGCUGGCAGGUCAUGUGGGAGCGCACGCGCGAGUGGCUGGCGAAGGAGCGCGCGCGGGGGCGCGUGAAGGUGGCGCGGGCGCACGAGAAGGAAAAGGUGGAGGCGGAGAGAGCGGAGGGGCGGUGGGCGUUUGUGAAGGCGAAGGGGGAGCAGCGGAUCACCGCGGCGCGGGUGCGCGGAAUGUACGACGUGGCGCGCGCCAGGGCGAACGAGCGGCUUACUCAAGUCAGGGCGCAGGGACAGUGGCAGGUGGCAUGGGCCAACGCGCGCAAGAGUCUCGCGCAAGCGGAAGGCACGGUCAAGGCGCGCAACGGUGUUGCGCAGGCGGAGGUGGACGCGCGCCUGGCGCAGGAGAAGGCGCGGGAGCGGUUGCAGGUGGCGAGCGCGCGUGAACGGGCGCGGAUGGCGGAGGAGCAGGCCAAGGGGCGCGUGAUGCUGGCGAGCGCGCGGAGGAACCGGCAGCUGGCGAAGGAGAGAUUGCGCGGGCGCGUGAAGGUGGCGUGGGCAAAAGCCAAGGAGCGCAUUGAGAAGGAGCGCGCCAAGGGGCGGUGGGCCGUGAUGUGGGCCAAGGCGAACGAGGCGCUGGCGCGGGAAAGGACGCGCGGCAGAUGGGACGUGCUCGUGGCGUCAACGAGGCAACGGCUGGUGGAGGUACGGGAGAAGGGGCGGCUUGAUGUGGCGUGGAGUGGUUGGAAGUGGUUGGAGGAGCAGCAGUGGCCGAGAAGACAGAAGAGAAUCGCCAGCCCUCUGUCGAAGUUGGGCAAUGGCGCCAAGAUCAUCGACCUAUUGCUGGACCGCACCAAGUGGCACCUAUGGGUGGUUCAGGUCUCUGCUCCAGGGUUUGAAGUUCAUGGCCUGCUGCCACCUAGCUACCUGUGCCUGCAGUGGCUGUCGCCCGUGACCCUCCCUCUAGCCUCUCCAUGGUCUUCCUGCUCGACUGGCUUGCCUCCCCUCCCCAUAUCCCCUUCCCGCACACAUCCCAUGGUGAAACGACCCGGCGCGCACAUCACGGGAGCUGCUUGUGGUCCAGGAGGCCCUCACCCGACCUCCACCUUCAGCCCACGCAAUGCGCUCACACGUUCUGUAGGACCGACCGCGCCGAGCCACGCAAGCUCUCGGACGGGCUUCGCAGCGACCUCCGGCGGGAGGAGCUUUGGAGGCGUGGCGCGGGGUGGAAGCUGCGGAGGAAAGGAUCGUCGGAGUCGGAGUGAAAUCGUUCGUGCAGCUGCGCAAGGGUCGGCGGUGGAGCAGCAGCAAGUCGAUGGGUUGGUGCAAGAUGGAGUGCCGCGCACGAGCAGCAACGGCACAGCAGGAGCUACAGACGAAGAUAUUCUGGCGUCAAUUCCCGCGCUCGGCGCGACGCUGGACGACCACGGGGGCUGCGUCUUCCGCGUGUGGGCUCCGCACCCUCAGCGCGCCACCUUAGUUGUCAAGCGCCUCUCGCCCGCCCGCGCUGGCGCUGGUGGCGGUGACGCGGAAGGCGCGGCAGCAGAAGGCGAGAGGGUGGAGAUGGGGCGCGACGGCAACGUGUGGUUCGCGCGAGUUCCGAACGUCGUUGCCGGCGACAGGUACCACUUUGUGUUCGAGUGGGAGGGCAAGACACUGGAGAGGCGGGACGCGAGGGCGCGCGCGACGGACUACGAGAGCAACGACUGCAUCGUCGUGGACCCGCGCUUCACGUGGACCCCGUUUGAGCCACCCCCGUUUGAGGCUCUCAAUAUUUAUCAGCUGCACGUUGGCGCUUUCACUGGGCGACUGCUGGGUGGAGGCAACUUCGCUGCGCUCAAGGAGAAGCUGCCGUACAUCAAGAGCCUUGGGUUCAACGCCAUUCAGAUGCUGCCAGUGCACGAGUACUGUGGGCAGUGGGGCUACAACCCCCGCCUGCUCUUCGCCCCCCACCCCUUCUACGGCACCCCCCUGGAGCUCCGAGAGCUGGUCGAUGCCGCCCAUUCCCAAGGCAUGGCGGUCAUAUUUGACGUGGUGCUGCACCAUCUGGCGCCCAACCUCAACAGCCUGUGGGAGUAUGAUGGGCCCACCAAGAAGGGAGGGCUGUACUUUGAGGGGGGUGGCGACUCAUCAUGGGGCAAGACCUUCGCGUGGUGGCAGCAGGAGGUGAAGGACAUGGUGCUGGAUGCCGCUCGCCUCUUCCUCAAUGAGUACAACGGCGAUGGGUUGCGGUUUGACUGUGUGCACGCCAUGCCAUGGAAGGUGUCGCAGAGCCUCACGUGGCACCUGCACCGCGAAUUCCCCCACCGCAUCCUCAUCUCCGAGAUCACACCUGAGGUACCAGAGGUGGUGUCAGAGGCGGGGUACGACGCCACGUGGAUGCACACGUCCUUCUACAAGAUGCGCUCCUUCAUGCUCUCCGAUGGCCCCCGCCCCCUGGGCCGCCUGCAGGCGCUGCUCACCCUGCUGCCCGGCUACUCCAAGUCAACGCAGUGUGUGAAGUACUUCCUGGGGUCGCACGACCAGGUCGGGUGCCGGAGAGACGGCAGAUAUGACGAUGAAAUACAGGGUUACCACAGGUACGCAGUGGACCUAUUUGGAGGCCGUGAGGAUUGGACUGCUCGCGCCAAAGUGCGCAUGUGGUUCGCCUGCCAGGUGUGCGCACAGGGCAUACCAAUGACGUUCAUGGGGUCGGAGACCAUGCACCCCAGGUGGUGGGGGGUCACUCCCAGAGACAUGCUCGACUGGCAGUACACUGAGGACGCGGUGGGGCAGCAGAUGCAGGCGCUGGUGCGGGCGGCGAACGGGCUGCGGGCGGGGAGUGCAGCGCUGCAGCGAGGGGCGUUUGAGACGGUGCACUACGACGAGGCCAACUGUGUCAUCGCCUUCAAGCGCCAGACUGAGAGCGAGACACUCCUGGUGGUGGUGAAUGCGGGCGAGGCCCAGUGGGAGAAGGCCGACUAUGGCGUGCGGGUGGGCGGCGGUGAUCGGCCGUAUGUGGAGGUGUUUAACUCGCAAGAUGCCGACCCUCACCGCCCCUUCUACGCUACACCAGCAGUGCUAACCUGUGCGCUGCUGCCCCCCCUUCCCCUCCUAGCUUCCGCCCUCACCCGUCACGGCGCGAUGGCGGGGCUGGCGAAGAUGAAGAAGAAGCUGCUGCCGCUGCAGACGGGCGGCGGCGUGCGCGCGCCUGACUCGGGCGGCGUGGGGGAAAUGCCCGCCAUGGCCAACGACCCGUACGCGUCGUAUAAGGUCAGCGAGGAAGGGCACAUCAACCUAAUGAGUCAGUCUUUUAACGAGUACGCGAUCAGCGAGCAGGGGUUGCAGGUGAACAAGGAGGGGCAGCAUUCAGAGGACAGCAGCGCGGGCGGCGAGAAGACGUACCGCUGUGCUUCUAACGAGAUGCUCGUCUUCGGCGCGAUCGGUUCGGGGGCGAGCAGCGUUGUGUGUAAAGCCAUUCACAUACCCACGCAUCGCCUGCUCGCCCUAAAAAAAGUCAACGUCUUUGAAAAGGACAAGCGGCACCAGCUGCUGAACGAGAUCCGCACGCUGUGCGAGGCGCCAGCAGCGCCGGGGCUGGUGGAGUUCUACGGCGCGUUCUACCAGCCCGACAGCGGGCAGAUCAACAUCGCCCUCGAAUACAUGGACGGCGGGUCGCUCGCGGACGUCGUGCAGGUCACGAAAACAAUCCCCGAGGACGUGCUGUCGGCCAUCACGCGGCGCGUGCUGCAGGGCAUGCAGUUUCUGCACACGGACCGGCGCAUGGUGCAUCGGGACAUCAAGCCCGCCAACCUGCUGCUGAACCUGAAUGGCGUGCCCAAGAUCACCGACUUUGGUAUCAGCACCGGCCUCGACCACUCCCUCGCCAUGUGUGCAACGUUCGUGGGAACAGUGACGUACAUGUCACCGGAGCGCAUAGCGAAUCAGAACUACUCUUUCCCCGCUGACAUCUGGAGCCUGGGGCUCGCGCUGCUGGAGUGCGGCACGGGCACCUUCCCCUACACGGCUGAUAAAGGGCCCAUCAACCUCAUGCUGCAGGUGAUGGAGGACCCGGCGCCCACACUGCCGCCCGGGUACUCAGCGGAGUUCCAGUCGUUCGUCAACGACAGCCUUGAGAAGGAUCCCUUCCAGCGCCCCACUGCUGAAGUUCUGCUGCAGCACCCGUUCAUAACGAAGCAUGCGGAGGAGGACGUGGACCUGGCGGGGUACAUCCAGAACGUGGUCAACCCCACCGAGCGCCUCAAAGACCUCUCCAAUAUGCUGAUGGUGCAUUACUACAUGCUGUUUGACGGGCCGGACAAGAUGUGGCCGCACAUAGAGAGCUUCUACAAGCCCGACGCCACCCUCAUGUUCGGCCACCGGGUGUACACGGGGGGAGAGCAGAUAUUCGCGACGCUGACGUCGAUCCGCACCAUGAUGCUGGGAGAGGCCAAGUCGGAGCGCCUCGUGCACACCAUCGAGAACCUCGAGUGCUGCGCCUACGGCCGCCGCGGCGUCAUGGUGCGCGUGUCCGGCGCGCUCGUGGUCGGGCGGCAGUUCAUCCCGCCGCCCGGCAUGCAGGUGGAGGGCAUCACGAGCGGGGGGGCGACGGGGUACAAGGGGCAUGGGAAGAAGCUGGGAAGCUUCAUAGAGCUGUUUGUGAUCGAGCCUGGGGAGGCGUCGGGGUCGUACCUGGUGGCCAAGCAGGAGCUGUAUGUGCAGAAGUGA